UUUUUUUGAGACAGAGACAGCAGAUCCUCCAGGAGACGGAUCCUCUCGACACUUGUGGAGGACUUGAGGCGCAGGACCCUGCGGACCCCCCCUCCCGGUGAUGUAAGGCUGCUUCCCCGGUAACCCCCGCCUCUGCAGCCUCUGCUCUCACAGCAUGGGAAACUCCAAACUCUGAAGUGAGAGGCGCGAACCGAGCACACAGCAGCGAUGGAGUCUAUCUUGUCGGAGCAGUCGGCCACGGUGGACGCGCUGGUGGAGGCCAGCAUCCAGGCCUUCGAUGAGAAGGGCGCCGUGAAGGAUCCCACCUUGGUCAGCAUGUUCCUGAUGAUGCACCCCUGGUACAUCCCGUCAACAGAACUGGCCAAGAAGCUGGUGCUCAAGUCUCAGGACGAGAGCUGCACCGCCGAGCGCCGGUUAAGGAUAUGUCACCUCAUCAAGUACUGGAUUUCUGAGUUCCCUGCGGAGUUCAAUCUGAACCCGGAGCUGGUGGACCAGAUCAAAGACUAUAAAGACCUCCUGACCACGGAGGGCAACGAGCGGCAGAGCCAGCUCAUUGACCUGUCCAGCGUGCCGUCCUACAAAUGGAAGCGGCAGGUUACCCAGCGGGUGCCGUCCGUGUCCAAGAAGAGGAAAAUGUCGCUGCUGUUCGACCACCUGGACUCCUGCGAGCUGGCCGAGCACCUCACCUACCUGGAGUACAAGUCCUUCUGCAAGAUCCUGUUCCAGGACUACCACAGCUUCGUGAUGCACGGCUGCACGGUGGACAACCCCAUCCUGGAGCGCUUCAUCACGCUCUUCAACAGCGUCUCCCAGUGGAUCCAGCUCAUGGUGCUGAGCAAGCCCACCGCCCCGCAGCGGGCCGCCGUCAUCUCCCACUUCAUCAGAGUGGCUCAGAAGCUGCUUCAGCUGCAGAACUUUAACACCCUGAUGGCGGUGGUGGGCGGCCUGAGCAACAGCUCCAUCUCUCGUCUCAAAGACACGGAAACCCACAUCAGCGCCGAGACCAACAAGGUCUUCAACAGCCUGAUCGAGCUGGUGACGUCCUGCGGGAACUACAGCCAGUACCGCAAGCGCUUCGAGUGCUCGGGCUUCCGGUUCCCCAUCCUCGGCGUGCACCUGAAGGACCUGAUCGCCGUGCACGUGGCGCUGCCGGACUGGGCCGACAAAGAGAGGACGCGGGUGAACCUGGCCAAGACGCAGCAGCUGUACGCCAUCCUGCAAGAGCUGGCGCUCGUCCAGAGCACGCCCCACGUGGACGCCAACACGGACCUGCUCAACCUGCUCACAGUCUCUCUGGACCAGUACCACACAGAGGAGGAGAUCUACCAGAUGUCUCUGCAGAGAGAACCGCGCAAACCGGCGGUAAGAAGAGACCCCGCCGCCGCUCCGGACCCCAAACCCACCAUGAUCGACGACUGGGCCGUGUCGGUGAAGCCCAACGCCGACCCCACGAUCAUCAAGAAGCACAUCGAGAAGAUGGUGGAGUCAGUUUUCAAGAACUUCGACACGGACGGCGACGGCCACAUCUCCAGGGACGAGUUCGAGGCGAUCCGGAACAACUUCCCUUACCUCAGCAAGUUUGGCGAACUGGACAAGAAUCAAGACGGGCAGAUCAAGGAGGAGAUGAUAGACUACUUCAUCCAGGCCAGCUCGCUGCUCAACUGCAAGAUGGGCUUCAUCCACACGUUCACCGAGGCCACCUACGUCAAGCCCACGUUCUGCGAGCACUGCGCCGGCUUUGUGAGUGGACGCCCACCGCUCACAU